AUCGCCAUGUGCUAAGCCGUUUUGCGUGUGUUGUUUAGCAAAGGCGAAGGAAAAGAACGGGCUGGUAUUCAAGGGUUUCAUCCAGACACCCCGUGUUACGAUGCUGACAUGGUGCAGGUUUCGAGUUUUAUCCAACACUUGCUCACUGUAUGAGGUGUUAGUAAAGUGCCGUAAUGCCAGCAGCAGUACAGCCCAUCCAGUAAAGGGUACCAAGCGUAGGAAAGAAACAGUUAAGGACCGACAUUUUGUUGACUUUCGGCGAGUGCGUGUGAUUGGUGGCAGUGGCGGUGAUGGGUGCCUAUCUUUCCUCAGCUUACCUAAGAAGGAGUUUGCAGGUCCAGAUGGAGGCGAUGGGGGAUAUGGCGGACAUGUUGUCUUCAGAGCUGCUACAAACAAACGUGAUUUAUCAGGUAUCCCUUCUGUGAUUGCUGCGCCUCAUGGUGCUAAUGGACAGAACAAGCACUGCCAUGGGAAGAAUGCUGAGCACUUCUAUGUUGAAGUUCCAUUGGGUACCAGAAUAAAGGAUGAAGGUCGAAAAGUACUGGCUUCAUUAGACAAAGCAGGGGACUAUUUCAUUGCUGCUAGAGGUGGAGCUGGUGGAAAGGGGAAUAACUUUUACCUGUCCAACGAGGAGAGGGCACCGAAUGUGGCAGAAACAGGAGGUCAAGGGGAGCAGGCAGUGUUGGGGCUGGAGCUGAAAACUAUAGCCCAUGUUGGACUGAUUGGUUUCCCGAAUGCCGGCAAAUCGUCGCUGCUGCGAGCCAUCUCCCGUGCACACCCCAAGGUAGCACCCUAUCCGUUCACCACCCUCAAUCCUCAUGUUGGCAUGGUGCUCUAUGAUGACUAUGAACAAAUCGCAGUUGCCGACAUUCCUGGCUUGAUCACAGGGGCUCACCAGAAUCGCGGGCUAGGCUUCUCCUUUCUGCGGCACAUCCAACGCUGCCUCUGCCUUAUCUACGUCAUUGACUUGUCUGUAGAGAAGUGCUGGACCCAACUGGAGGAUCUGCAGCAUGAGCUGGAACAGUAUGAACCCGGCCUCUCCACGCGACCGCAUGCCAUUGUCGCCAACAAAGUGGACGUCCAGCGAGCUGCGAAAAACCUUCAGGACUUAAAGGCCCAUGUCAGUUUACCCAUAUUCGCCAUCUCGGCCAAAUAUGAAAAGAAUCUAGAGCCUCUUCUGCUCCACAUGAGAGAGCUGUACGACGGCCAGCUGUCUGAGCAGCUGAAACAGGCAGCUGCAGGGGAAGAAUGAGACUUCUUAACUUAGUUUGUGAUAAUCUGAGGAAUAACGUGUAAAUCGUCAAUAAGUGAAAUACAUCUUCUACCUUCAACUGUUUUGUCUUUCUAGUGUGAGAAUACAUGCUUGGUAAUUGUAUCCAAUGCAGGCUAUCAAGUGACAAAACACAGUUCAAAUACAAAUCACAGUGGAUGUUUUAUAUUUAGCUCGCAUGCACAAAGUACAGGCUUGGCUUGUCAUACUUGGGUCGUUGGCUUUGGUGUCGAGGAACAAAAUAAGACUAGAACUGCAUGCAGUUAUACGGCUUUCAAGCGGUCUGUACACACAGCUUUUAGCAUCUAUUCUCUAAGACUUGGCACUUUCUUCACCACAGACUGUUCAAGUCUAUUAGUUCUAUGCUCUUCUGAAAAGAAUAAACCUUAUCUAUAUUAGACAGAAAACUUUCCGAACAAGUGAUUUGCACGUAACUUGACGUCCUGAUCAUGAACGUGGUCUUAGUUUAUCCGUGCAAAAUGAACUUAUGUCUCAAAUUGCCAUCAAAAAUCGAAAAUUUGCAAUUUUCAUCCUUAUUUGUAGGUCACCUGACAUAAAACUAACACAGCUGUAAAGUUCAAAAUUGCUGAGUGGAAGGGACUAUAUGUGUACUGUAUGAAUGCAGAAAAUCUGAGUUGCUAUACUAAAUACAGGAUAUACAUGGCUUCAAAAUUGGCAAAUGCCCGAUUUACUAUAUUUUGGCACAUUUACAUGAGCAUGUUAUAUAAUGCAUAUACACUCUGUUCGUGACUAGGAUGAAUGUAGAAAUAUUGUAAUUAUUCCACCCGGCAUAGUUUGACAUCCUAAUCGCGAAUUCGGUCUUAUGUGGGAAACGUCUUACAGCUCAUGCUGGCUUCCUCUCCGGCCGUACGUGGGAAGGGUUGUCAGCAAGUGUGGAUGGUCGUGGGUUUCCCCAAGGCUUCUUGAGUACGGCGUAAAACACCAAUCAA